AUGAGGCCUUCCCUUUCGAAGUCUGCUAAAAACACAUUGGGUGCCUUCACCAAGAGCAUAUCUGUGACCACCAAUGCCCCUGGCCUUGGUAGAGCUUUGAUCAAAUUCACAGAAUGGAAGUAUUGGUGCAAUCAGAUUGAUUAUAGCAAGAUCAUUUUCCCAAUCUCUCCGUUUUCAAGUAAAACGUUCGAUAGUUUUGGAGAUGCAUUUGCAAUGACUGAGAGAGACUUGAUGAGUUUAAGGCACGAACCGAACCCUAUAAAAUUGUUAGAAUGUCUUCCUCUACCCAAACAGCUAGGAAGAAGAGUCAACAACUUCUUGAUAAGCUUCUCGUUAAUGAGGAGCUCCAAUAACUGUGGUUCUCGGUCAAAACUCUUGAUCACUCGUGAGAUGGCAAGCCAUGCGCUCUCCAAACAUGCAGAGUCGGAAUAUUCAAUGGCCACGCGCUCUAUUAUUGGGAAAGCCUCGUUCAGGAGGUUGAAUUUGGAUAAAGGAACGUUCUUGCAUGAAUUGGCAGCGAUGGAAAGCGCUUUCCGUUGUGCGUGGAUUGUGAAGAAGUCCAAGUACAUCAAGCAUGCAGGAAGACAAUCUUUGAGUAGAAUUUCUCGGCCGCAUUCUCUGGAAAUCAUUUCCAGAGUCUGCAGAGCCUGUUCUGCCAAAUCGAUGUAA